AUGGCAGUGUAUGAUAUCUUAGAGUCAUACAUGAGUAGAUUAUUCGGAAAGUAUGGUGCAUUUCUCUCCAAACAUGCCUUGAUAAUCAUGAGCAUAGCCAUUAUAGCCAGUGGGGUACUUGGAAUUGGUUUAAUUUUCCAGGAAGAGGAAACUAACAUUGAGUACUUAUACACACCAGAAAACAGCCAAGCAUCUAAAGACAGAGAAAAGGUUUUGAAAUUAUUUGCCGACAUGAGUGCUUCAAACUUCUACUCACAUCAGCAGGCCACUCUUGGUGUGUAUGGCGAGAAUAUAAUGGUGGGUCUCAUGAAUGGAGAUAACGUUUUAACUGAAGCCAUCUUGACAGAACAGAAUGAGCUGGAUGUGAACAUCAGUAUGAUUUCAGUAACAGUAGAUCAGCAGGAGUAUGGAUUCUUAGACGUCUGCUCCAAGAGAUCAGGUUCUUGUGUUGUUGAUGGUAUCCAAAGAUUUAUAAAUAACAAUGAGUUCAAUGGUUUCUUGUCAACACCAAUUUUAUAUCCUACUGAAACUGAUAAUGAUGGCAACGCUGUUUACAUUCCUGACAUAAUGGGUGGUGUGACUGUGACAGAUACAUCUCAUAUAAGCAGUGCAGAAUCACUAAGAACACGCUAUCAUCUACGAACUGACGGCAAAUUCCACGAUAUCAGCUUGAAAUGGGAACGCAAAUUCCUUGCAAACAUGAAGAAAUGGCAAGGUGAAAAAGCAUUGACGAGUUAUAGUACAUCAGAAAGUUUGAACACUGAACUAGAUGAAAACACUGAUGGUGACAUUCUUGAGUUUUCAAUCACCUUUACCAUCAUGAUCACCUAUGCUUCACUAGUUUGCUCCACUGGAAACUGUGUGUCUACACGAUCGUUUCUGUCAAACUUUGGAGUGAUAGCAGCAGCACUAGCAAUUUUAGCAUCAUUUGGUUUCUGUGGAUUUGUGGGUGUUAAAAUGGUUAACAUUGUUGGAGUGAUGCCAUUCCUUAUUGUUGCAAUAGGUAUAGAUGAUAUGUUUCUUCUGCUCGCUGGUUGGCUAGAAACAAAACCCUCUGAAGAUGUUGCUGAGAAGAUGUCACACACAUUCAGUAUUGCAGCAGUAUCAGUAACGCUUACAUCACUGACAGAUAUUAUAGCAUUCGCUUUGGGUACCAUCAAUCCAUUCCCAAGUGUCAGGAAUUUUUGUAUCUACACUGGUUUUGCAAUUUUCUGGUGCUAUUUGAUGCAGCUGACAGUAUUUGGAGGGGCACUUGUGUUUCACACACGCAGAGUAAAAGCUUCACGUCACGCAAUCACUUGCCAGCCUGUUGCAACAUUAGACGAAAUGGAAAAACAGGGCAGGGGGAAAGCAUACAUAUGUAUGUGUAUAGGAAAACAAGAAGAGGAUCCAGAUCAUGAAAAAGAAACUGUAUGCGAGAGAGUCCCUAAAAAAUAUCUUCCAAAAAUGAUUCUUAAUCCUGUUGCUAAAACAUUAAUAUUAAUCAUUUUUGCAGCUUAUUUAGGGGUUGCGAUAUGGGGAGCAACCCAGCUUCACCAAGGGCUGUUACUUAAUAAUUUAGUGUCUCCCACAUCAUAUCUGCAUGACUACCUGAGGUUGUCAGAAAAGCAUUACACUAAUGAUGGUCCAAUGGUUAUGGCUGUUAUGGAAGAACCACUGGAAUAUUGGGAGACUAAUAUCCAAAAUGAUAUCGAUGCUCUUUUGAAUGUUAUGACUGAUAAUGAGUACAUACGAAAUAGCUAUCGAGUUUCUUGGCUAGACAGUUUUUCCCAACAUCAUGGUGGGUCACUUCCAACUGACCAAACAACAUUUGUUGAUUCCUUGCAAAAUUCAUUUCUUCCUUUGAAUCCAAGGUUUCAAGGAGAUUUGAAUAUAUCUGAUGGUAACAUAUUGGCUUCUCGCUUCUAUGUACGCUCACUUGGGUUUAGUGAUACUUACUUGGAGGGACAGAUGAUGCUCCAAGUCCGAGAAAUAGCAGAUGAAAGUCACUUGCCAGUCUUUGCAUAUUGUGGCGCUUUCAUUUACUACGAACAAUAUGUGCAAGUCAUGCCAAGUACAUUAAUGACUCUUGGCAUAUCAAUGGCAGUCAUGUUUGUUGUAUGUUUGAUAUUUGUUCCUCAUCCGCUGUGUUCUGUCUAUAUAACUGUAACAACAGCAAUGAUUCUGACAGGUUUACUUGGUUACAUGCAUUUCUGGGGGCUGUCUCUCAGUUCCAUUACAAUGAUGCAUGUCAUAAUGAGUGUUGGUUUCUGUGUUGAUUAUAGUGCCCACAUUUGCCAUGCUUUCAUGAAAGCAGAUGGAUUUACAAAAAAUGAACGUGUUGCUGUUGCUUUGUCGCGUGUGGGUGUGCCUAUCUUGAAUGCUGGGUUUUCCUCGUUUCUGGGAAUAAUUUGCCUUGCCUUUUCAAAUUCUUAUAUUUUUUUGUCCUUCUUCAGAGUCAUGUUUCUUAUUAUUGUGUUUGGAAUGGGACAUGCUUUAUUUUUUUUGCCUGUUAUCUUGUCAUUGAUUGGUCCUUCAAAAGCAAAACCAAUCCCAAAGUCUAAAAUUGAUCUUG